AUAAAAAAAGAGAAGAAAAUAGAAGAGAAAAGACGAGAAAUGGAAUUCUUCGAAAUAUUAUUUCCUCUCCAAACGUAAUUCCGAAAUCGUCAAGAGGCGUCGCAUCGGACCAUCGUCUCCUAUAAAUAAAUCAGCUCCAGGUCCUAUCGGUCAUUUUCCUCAUUUUUUCUCAAUCGUCCAUUUCUCCCACCUUAGGAAGCCCUAGAUUUCUCAAAUUCCUCUAGAGCUAGGGUUUUCGUUCUCUCUUCGAUUCUUCGGGUCAGAUUGAUUUCCUUGAAUGAAGGACAGGUUGUAGCAGUUCGGCGAUUUCCUCACCGUUUGAUGGGCAACGCAUGCCGCGGAUCUUUUGGAGACAUAGACAUCCCGGGCGACACCAAGCCCAUCGAUCGGUCCGUACAUUCUAGAACAUCCGACGCGACAACUGCAUCCAACCACGCGAAUUCUAAUUUUCCUGGCGGCGGCAUCGCUAAUUCCUAUACAAUCCCUGACAAUCCCUACAGAGUCGGCGUUGACAGUCCGAGAGGGAUCAACAUGAAGCGGUCCAGCGACAACCAGGCAUCCUAUGUUCUUGGCCACAAGACGCCGAACAUUCGCGAUGUCUACACGCUUGGACGGAAACUGGGGCAAGGGCAGUUCGGGACGACGUAUCUGUGCACGGAGAUUUCCACUGGUAUUGAAUAUGCGUGCAAGUCGAUCUCGAAGAGGAAGCUGAUUGCGAAGGAAGAUGUGGAGGACGUGAGGAGGGAGAUUCAGAUAAUGCACCAUCUCGCAGGGCAUAAGAACGUCGUGACGAUAAAGGGAGCAUAUGAGGAUUCGUUGUAUGUGCACAUUGUGAUGGAGUUGUGUGGAGGGGGAGAGUUGUUCGAUCGGAUUAUUCAGAGGGGGCAGUAUAGUGAGCAGAACGCAGCCCAGCUGACGAAGAUUAUUGUGGGGGUCGUGGAGGCGUGCCAUUCGCUUGGAGUUAUACACAGGGAUUUGAAGCCAGAGAAUUUCUUGUUGCUAAAUAAAGAUGAUGACUUAUCACUUAAAGCAAUUGAUUUUGGGCUCUCCGUUUUCUUCAAACCAGGUCAAGUAUUCACAGAUGUAGUUGGAAGCCCAUAUUAUGUUGCCCCUGAGGUACUAUGCAAGCACUAUGGGCCAGAGUCAGAUGUAUGGACAGCAGGGGUUAUACUGUACAUAUUGUUGAGUGGCGUACCACCUUUUUGGGCAGAAACACAGCAGGGGAUAUUUGAUGCAGUUUUGAAGGGUGAGAUUGAUUUUGAAUCAGAUCCAUGGCCUGUGAUCUCUGACAGUGCCAAGGAUCUUAUUAGCAAGAUGCUCCGCUCUCCCCCGUCGGAUCGCUUAACUGCUCACGAAGUACUGUGUCAUCCUUGGAUAUGUGAAAAUGGAGUUGCUCCUGACCGUGCAUUAGAUUCAGCAGUACUUUCUCGCCUUAAGCAAUUCUCUGCGUUGAAUAAGUUGAAGAAGUUGGCUUUACGGGUAAUAGCUGAGAGCCUUUCAGAGGAAGAGAUUGCUGGUUUAAAAGAGAUGUUUAAGGCAAUGGAUACUGACAACAGCGGUGCCAUCACGUUUGAUGAAUUAAAAGCUGGUCUGAAAAGAUAUGGUUCUAAUUUGAAGGAAUCAGAAAUCCGCGACCUUAUGGAUGCAGCUGAUGUUGAUAACAGUGGCAGCAUUGACUAUGGGGAAUUUAUAACUGCAACGCUUCAUCUCAACAAACUGGAACGUGAGGAACAUCUCGUUGCAGCAUUUUCAUAUUUCGACAAGGAUAGCAGUGGUUACAUCACAGUCGAUGAGCUCCAGCAAGCUUGUAAAGAGCAUAACAUAACUGACUUCCCUCUUGAGGAUAUUAUCAGAGAAGCUGAUCAAAACAACGAUGGCCGGAUUGAUUAUGGGGAGUUUGUUGCCAUGAUGCAAAAAGGCAACGGUGGAAUUGGAAGACGAACCAUGCGGAACAGUCUGAAUAUCAGCAUGAGAGAUGCAUCAGAGGCACAUUAAGUUUUGGUCACGUCUGUUGUGUUGUACAGCAAGGCCAAGGAGAUGGGUGGUAAUGUAUGUCUGAUGGUUUUCAGGUUUUCCCACAGGUUUGGAAGUGUUUUGGAGAUGUUUUCUGGCGAUGAAGCUUCUAUGUAUUGGGCCGAUUAUUUAGUCAACCAGGUCUGUAAUGGCUGCAUAACUAAAAAUUAAAUUAAAUUAUGUAUCUUAAUUUAAUAUAAGAUUUUAAUCUUACAAAAAAAAAAAGAAAAAGAGUUCUACUCUUGGAUUUUCCUUC